AUGUCCGGGGCUGUUCGGUCGAUCACGAGCACUAAACGAAAGACCACGCCUGCACCUACAGCGGCGAGGAAGCGACAACGACCAAAUGGUACGGAAACCACCUCUAGCGCUCGACCCUCGAAGAACCAACGGACUCUGACCCAAGUCGAAUGGAUCUCCACCUUCUCUCCGAGCUUCGACGACUGCGACAUGCAGUAUCUAGAUGACGUGAAAAAGCCGGCACCGGCACCAAAACGGCCCCGUCCGAGAGCACAAAAGCCUGAUUCUACGUUGACGCAGAUGGAUUUCUUCGGUUCGACACCUCGAGACUAUCAAGAAAUUGAUGACACUAUGAUCGAUGAUUCAAAAUGGGAACGUGACAAUUGCGUUGUGCCACAACUGGAUGGAACAUACGACAGCCCGAGGAGGCCUCGAAAACGCAAAGCGACUCCGAAGGCCACCAGUCUGCCAGGCCAGAAGACCGAGCCCUCCAACCAAGAUAGCCAGGCAGAGUAUAGACCCAGGAAGAAAAAGAAAAAGGUGGGAUUCGCAGAUAAUGGGAGCGCAGAGGCAACUCGAAGGUCAUCUAAGCGACUGGCAGUAAAGGAUGAAGUUCUCUCAGAUCCGGCGAAGAACUUCGACUAUUUUGCGCAGGCAUUGACCGAUCAGAUAGAAGACAGAAAAUACCACGCCGCGGAUGAAUCCUUGGACCGCCCUUUGGAGAUUGAGGACUCAACAGAUGAGGUGGAGAUUAGAUCCGAUACGGUUUUGGGAAAGGAGGACUCUGCCCUGCCCGAAACGCCAAAGCGGAAGACGAACGUCGUUCUCUCAAGCCAGUCCCCGGAAAGCCUAUGUGAGAGUACACACAAGAGCAACCGAAAGACCCCCGAAACCCUUUCCACACUUCGCCGAGCACCAUUAGCUGAACGAUCGGUCAAUAUACCUGCGGAAGCCUCUCCAACUAGGAAGGAAAUGAAAAGGUCGCGGACUCCGAGGCGUGGUUCGCCGAAGAGCAAGGUGAUCGUCCUGAAGCUUCCAAAGCGCGACCAGCCUCGACGUCCCGCACGUAUUGAGGAUUCUCAAGUCAAUUUGUGGUCAAUUCCGUCAUCCUCGCCAGAGUUUACAAGACCUGCUACCACUGUCCAAGCACCCACGACUUCCAACAAAGCGACCGAGGAUUUUGAAAUUCCUCCCACAAGCCAACUGCAGGAAAGUGGAUUGACUACUUUGGUUUCCGGGAGUGAGGACAAUCUGCCAAACUUGAGUCAGCUUUUUGCGAGCAGGAGCGGUGGCUCAAGGGAAGACAUUGCCGUGGACUCUCUACAAGAAGAAAACCCAAGUGUGAUUGUUCGAGACUUGGCUGACGCUCAUUCUCCGCCAACCAAGUCCACUGCUCCAGGUCUUGACUGCUUCAUCAGAUCUUCGCCGCCCGUUCUCGCAGAGACACAGGAUCCGAAUGAGCACGCGCGUGAAUCCUUGGAGGAAAUUUGCGACGCUGCAGAUUUCGGCUCGCCAAUUGCAAACGAUACGCAGUUCAAUAUCCAGAUCCUGCAUCGGGUGUCAUCCCCUAUCCAACCAGAGCAAUUUCCUGAGCAGUCAGACGCCGGAUCCAAUGCUGUUCUAUCCUCCGCUCAGCCGCCGAAUGGUUGUAAAGGUGCCGGUAAAGAGGGUGAAGCUCCACACUCUGGUGGCCCAGACAUUGAUCAAGUGCACCCUUCGGAUUCGCCACUAUUGAUUCCUACUCUGCUAGGAGGAUGCAGCGCAGAUGCAGAAGGCGAGGCAUCUGAGGUACACGACGAGGAAGCAGAAGAGGUACCUUUGCCAAAACCCGUGUUUGUACAUCCAGCAAGCACACAUCGGAAGAUGGCACAGGCGCCACGGAGCGACAACUUCCAUACCUCUUCACCUACCCUUUCAUUUGGAAGACACGUCACGCAAAGAUCUGUUUAUCCCGCGUCAAUUCCUCACCCGUCACAAAUAUCGACCCAAGAUAUCACGCAAGGAUUUCUCCCACAAUCAUCGCUUCCACAAUUGCCUCAGGAAGGGUUGCUCGAAGGCGAACCUGACAAGAUUUCGAUCAAAGACUCCAGUUCUUCGAGCAUUCCGCUCAGUCAGAUUCCCCAGCAUGUUGGGCCGGAGGAAUCUCAACUGAAUGGCAACAUCAACACGGCUCAAGAAUUUAGUUCUGAAGAUGAUUUUGAUCUUGACCUAGAUCCACCUUCACUGCCAGUUCAGCCAUCUCGAGCACCUGCUGCUCUUCUUCAACAGCAUACCGAGCAACUCAUGGCGCACAAAGUUAGAUCGGGAACUCCGACACUGGUCAAAGACAGUCACGUUUUCAAAUGUGAGGAGUCUCUGCAAUGCUCACAACCCGGAGAAACUCAAUCUGGACCCGAAUCAACAGCCGCGCACUCGCCCGAACCCUCCCUACCAUCCUCUCCAGAACGGCUAGCACCGUUGCAGAAACAGUAUUCACCUAUCCCUGGAUUCGACAACGACACGCAAUCGAAUUUUACGCAGAAUGGACACGUCACGGCCGCGUAUAUUCAUCGACAGCGCGAGUCUGGGAUAUUCCCGAAAUGGUUUGUUCCCACGCCGUUCCAGGUCCCAGGUUAUACGAGAAGGAAAUAG